AUGGAGGAAAACAGAUGGUUUCUGUCCAUCAUUCAGAAUGAGUUCAGGUCUGGGAAAAUUGAUUUAGACCACACAAUGAAGCUCCUUGAAAAACUGCAGUUACCUUUGGAUUUUGCACAUGUAAAACACGUUUUCAAGAAAAUUGUUGACAAACGAAAGGAAAAUACAAUUAACAUGGAAGACUUCCGGGCAAUUUAUCGCACUAUUGUACACAGACCUGAAUUUCUUGAACUUUUCUCUAAUUACUCUCAAAACAGCAAAUUUCUAGCUGACACCCAGCUCAUUGAAUUUCUCAGAAAAGAACAAUAUGAAACUAAAGAUUGUGAAAUGACUGCUUUAGAAAUUAUUUUGAAGUAUGAACCCAUUGAAGAAGUGAAGAAAAGAAAGCAGAUGUCAUUUGAAGGAUUUAUAAGGUACAUGAAUUCAGAAGACUGUGCAAUAUUUAGAAAAGAUCACAGGACAGUCUACCAAGAUAUGAACCACCCGUUAUGUGACUACUUCAUUUCAUCUUCUCACAACACCUACUUGGUAUCUGACCAGCUGGUAGGGCCCAGUGAUUUAUGGGGAUAUACCAGUGCUCUCUUAAAAGGAUGUCGUUGUGUGGAAAUUGACUGCUGGAAUGGCUCAAACAAUGAACCUAUUGUGUAUCAUGGUCACACUUUAACGAGCAAAAUUCCAUUUCGUUCUGUAAUUCAAGUGAUUGACAAGUAUGCAUUUAUGGUAUCUGACUAUCCACUUGUACUGUCUUUGGAGAACCACUGCAGCCCUCAGCAACAGGAAGUAAUGGCAGAUUAUUUAGAAAAUAUUCUAGGUGACAAACUUCUUACUUCAACAAUUGGUGAUACACAGGUGACUCAGCUACCUUCUCCUGAGGAAUUAAAAUUCAAAAUUCUGUUAAAAAAUAAAAAAGUUGGAACAAUUGAGGAUGGUCUUCUCAGGAGAGAAUCUGGCAGUCGUGGUGAGGCAGUGGAAAUUUCUGAUUCUGAAAAUAUAACUGAAGAAGAUGAUACUGAUGAUAAAACUCCUCUUUACCCAAGGAGAACUUCUGCAAAAAGAAAAAGUGAUCAUAGAUCUUCACCCCCACCUAGAAAAAAGUCAAAGAUUAAGAAGAUAAAAAUUGCUGUUGCACUGUCAGACCUUGUGAUUUACACGAAGUCUGAGAAGUUUGUGAGCUUUGAGCAUUCCCUAUCUAAUCAGAAGUGCUAUGAAAAUAAUUCAAUCGGGGAGCUUCAAGCACGGAAGUUUGUAAAAAAUUCAGCUAAAGAGUUUGUUUCUCAUACAUCAAGAUUCAUUACAAGAAUCUACCCCAGAGGAUCAAGAACGACCUCUUCAAAUUAUAAUCCUCAAGAGUUCUGGAACGUGGGGUGCCAAAUGGUGGCCUUAAACUUCCAGACCCCGGGACUACAAAUGGAAUUGCAAAAUGGAAAAUUCCUAGACAAUGGUGGUUGUGGUUAUAUUCUGAAACCAGAAUUCUUGAGAAAUUGCAAUUCAACCUUUACCCCACAAAAUGUGGGAAGUCACGGUAAUCCAAUGUGUCUGUCCAUAAAGGUCAUAUGCGGUCAUCAGUUACCACCCAGUAGCCUGUCGAAGACUAACAAAGCUGACCCUUUAGUGCAGGUAGAAAUUUACGGUGUGCCACAAGAUCAAGCAAAAAAGAAAUCUUCUGUUGUAAAGAGCAAUGCUUUGAACCCUAGAUGGGAUGAAACUUUCUCUUUUACCGUCCAAGUUCCAGAACUGGCAUUGAUACGUUUCUGUGUGGAGGAUGAAAUAUCUCUGGUUUCAAAUGAAUUCCUUGGUCAAUACACUUUACCACUAAUGAGCCUGAGAAAAGGUUACUGUAACGUUCCCCUGUUGUCUAAAGAUGGUGGCAAUCUUGAAGGUGCAUCACUGUUUGUUCAUGUCUGGUACUACCAAUGA